AUGGACGUCCUCCUCCCGCUGCUCAACUGCUCUCCGGCAGCUGUCCUCGCCGGUGGCUCCGGCGUCUUCGGCGCCGCCGGCUGCCCCGAGGUGGCGGUGGCGUGCGGGAUGAAUGUUUCCUGGGUGCUGGCGGACGCCACGGGGCGGGAUCUGGCCGAGUUGUGCCUGAGCGAGGACGACUACCUGAGCGGGGAGCUGGGCGUGCCCCGGUCCCCCGUCUUCCUGCCCGUCUGCGUCGCCUACCUGGCCGUCUUCCUGGUGGGCGUCCUGGGGAACUCGCUGACCUGCGCCGUCAUCUUGUGCUACAAGGUCAUGCAGACGCCCACCAACUACUACCUGCUGAGCCUGGCGGCGUCGGACCUGCUGGUGCUGCUGCUGGGCAUGCCGCUGGAGCUGUACGACCUGUGGCGGAACUACCCCUUCCUGCUGGGCGAGGGCGGCUGCUACUUCAAGACCUUCCUCUUCGAGACCGUGUGCUUCGCCUCCAUCCUCAACGUCACCGCCCUCAGCGUGGAGCGCUACGUGGCGGUGGUGCACCCGCUGCGGGUCAAGCGCAUGGCCACCCGCGCUCACGUGAAGCGGGUCAUCCUCCUGCUGUGGGCGCUGUCCAUGCUGUGCGCCGUGCCCAACACCAGCAUCCACGGCAUUGGGCAGCUGCCUCCCAAGUUUGGAAGACACUUCCCCCGAUCCGCCAUGUGCUACAUCCAGCAGCCGCGGAUUUACAACUGGGUCAUCCUGGUCUCCACGCUGGUCUUCUUCCUGCUGCCCAUGCUCGUCAUCAGCGUCCUCUACCUGCUGAUCGGCCUGCGGCUGCGCAGGGAGAGGCUGGAGGCCUCGGCGGACGCCGGCUGCUUCGGACCCGAAGGCGUCUCCGGCUCCAACCGGCGGCGGCUGAGCAGGCGCAACGUGCAAAUCACCAAGAUGCUGUGCGUGCUGGUGGUGGUCUUCGGGCUCUGCUGGGCCCCCUUCCACGUGGACCGGCUGAUGUGGAGCUACAUGGACACGUCGUCGCCGCGGCACCAGGCCGUCUUCGAGCAGGUCCACAUCAUCUCCGGGGUGUGCUUCUACCUGAGCUCCGCCGUCAACCCCGUCCUCUACAACCUCAUGUCCACCCGCUUCCGGGAGACGUUCAGCCACAUCACGUGCCACUCGAUCUGGUGGUCCGCGCACUCCGGCUCGCACCGCACCCAGCGCAGCACGCUGAGCCAGAACCCGUCCGUCAGAAACUGA